UUGUCUGACACCUGUGGUGUUGUUUAGCUGUUGCAUCCCUCCACAUUUGGAAAUUAAUGUUUGAUUUUUCAUCAUUUACUUCUUAUCCAAUCCUAAUUUCUCAACUCAUGUGCAUGUCGUUCUGAAUGAUGGACAACGGAAAGAAGAGAACCUUAAGAAUUUUGGGUAUUCAUGACUAGAAGCAAGAAGUACCAUCAUGGGAUGCGGCACAUCCAUUGCCAUUGAGAACCAAACACGACCCUCAGAAACUGCCAUGAAAGCUGCCAUACUGAUCCAGCGUUGGUACAGACGCUAUGUUGCUCGCCUGGAGAUGAGAAGACUCUAUUCAUGGAACAUCUUUCAGUCCAUUGAGUAUGCAGGGAAACAGGACCAGCUACAGCUCUCCAGUUUCUUCAGUUUCAUGUUGGACAACUUCACACAGAUGAAUGGACCAGACUUAAUCUCUCACCUCCUUGACUCUGUGGUUGACCCGUUAACUGAGGAGGUCAGGCAGUUGAAGUACGAGCAGAUUGUCGUGUCGGAAUCGUACUGCGGCCCUCGUCUCUCCUUCCCACUGAGCGUGACUGAUACCAAUGUCCUGCUCAGCGCCUUUAAAGAGGAGCAGACUCUUCACGGCAAAUAUGUGCUGCAACUACUAUAUGAAACGAAGAAGUUCUUGAAACAGAUGCCAAACGUCAUAUACCUGUCGACGUCCUAUGCCAAAGAGAUAACUAUAUGUGGCGAUCUGCAUGGUAGACUGGAUGACUUACUGCUUAUAUUUUACAAGAACGGUCUGCCCUCUGCGGAGAACCCCUACAUAUUCAAUGGAGACUUUGUGGAUCGAGGAAAGAAAUCUACAGAGAUUAUCAUCAUUCUGUUUGCCUUCCUACUGCUGUGCCCCGACCACAUGUAUCUGAACAGAGGCAACCAUGAGGACCACAUCAUGAACCUCAGAUACGGAUUCACAAAAGAAGUCAUGCAGAAAUAUAAGACUCAUGGCAGGGAAAUCCUACAGCUUCUUCAGGAUGUGUUCAGCCUGCUUCCUCUUGCAACUGUCAUCGAUAACAAAGUGCUUAUUGUUCACGGUGGCAUAUCGGACAAAACUGAUCUGGACUUUCUGAGCACUGUUGAAAGGCAUAAAGUGAAGUCUGCUCUUAGGUUGCCCAAAUGCAGCAUUGAUCAUCUCAACGUCCGUGCCUGCAGUCGCAGCAGCAGCAGACACAGCGGAAGAUCCAGACUGGACAGCCCUUGCUCCUCAGGCCGCACCAGUCGUGCUUCCUGCAGAAGGAAGAAGCACUUCACUAGGCAGGGGAGCUGCUCCUCAUCUUCAUCAUCCUCAUCCUCCUCAUCAUCCGUGUGCUCCCCCCGGAUCUCGUCACGGAACACUCCACAUCGACCUCCGCCUUCCCCUAGUCUGCCGAGCCCCACCGAUGUGCUCCAAGUGCCCUUCCUGGACUCCUUCGUCUCCCUAGAGCCCCCUGAGCCACCCAGAGAAGAACUGGAAUGGCAGCAAGUGAAAAACACAGUGGACCAAAGUCCACGCCUGGCCCGUCUUAGUGCAGAUGGCAAUGUAGAGUAUGAAUCCUGCUUUGAGGACAUAAGCCCUGGAGAACCCAUCCCUCCAGUAACACCAAACUUGGCUGAAACUCUUUAUAGAUAUAGAACUGACUUAGAGAUAAUAUUUAACAUCAUCGAUAAGGACCAUUCAGGUCAGAUCUCCAUUGAGGAGUUCCGUCAGACUUGGAAGCUCUUCAGUUCCCAUUUGGGGGUUGCUGUGAAUGACCAGACGAUAGACGACAUGGCUCGAAGCAUAGACUUUAACAAAGACGGCAGCAUUGAUUUUAAUGAGUUCCUGGAGGCUUUCAGGGUGGUGCAUAAACUGGAUGUCAAAGAGCAGCAGCAGGGUUAAUUCUGGAUGAGCAGAUUACAGACAAGGCACAUUUACAAAUAAUUUUGUCACUUCAUCUU